AUGGACAAAGAGAAGCAGCGACGGCAGGCUGAGCAAGGAGAAGUCUUGAGCAGGAAGUCUCAGGCAGACGCCGAGCUUGCUGAAGCCCAAGCGCGCUUAAAGGCUGUGGUGAGUAGUGUGUGUGUGUAUCAUGUGCACUGUACUGUGUACGUUACAUGA